AGGAGCCGCGGCCGCCGCUCCCGGCAGUUCCUGGUGUCGGGGAUGCGGCGGCGGCCUCUCUGGCUGCCGCUGUGGCUGCUGCCGUGCCUGAUGCGGCUGUCGGCGCCGCGGCCGCCCGCCCCGCACCUGGUGGUGGUGCUGGCCGACGACCUGGGCUGGGGCGACGUGGGCUGGCACGGCUCGGCGCUGCGCACGCCGCGGCUGGACGCGCUGGGGGCGGGCGGCGUGCGGCUGGAGCGGUACUACACGCAGCCGCUCUGCACCCCGUCCCGCAGCCAGCUGCUCAGCGGCCGGUACCAGAUCCACACAGGUUUACAACACCAGAUAAUUUGGCCAUGCCAGCCCAGCUGCCUGCCACUGGAUGAGAAACUCCUCCCAGAACUACUUCAAGAGGCGGGAUAUGUUACUCACAUGGUGGGGAAGUGGCAUUUAGGAAUGUACAGAAAAGAUUGCCUUCCAACCCGCAGAGGAUUUGAUACUUACUUUGGCUAUCUUCUGGGGAGUGAAGAUUAUUAUUCUCAUGACCGUUGUGUCCUCAUUAAAGCGAAGAAUGUAACGCGCUGUGCUGUGGACUUUCGAGAUGGGGAAGAAGUUGCAACUGGGUUUAAAAACAUGUACUCCACUAAUUUAUUCACGGAAAGAGCUAUAGAACUUAUAGCCAAUCAUAAAACUGAGAAGCCCCUCUUUCUCUACCUCGCUUUUCAGUCUGUCCAUGAACCUCUCGAGGUUCCUGAAGAAUACACAAAACCAUAUUCCUACAUUAAAGAUGGAAAGAGGCGCCAUUAUGCAGGGAUGGUGACUCUUAUGGAUGAAGCUGUAGGAAAUCUUACUGAUGCUCUGAAAAGAUAUGGUCUUUGGGACAACACAGUUCUUGUUUUCUCAACUGAUAAUGGAGGGCAGACUUUGGCAGGUGGGAAUAACUGGCCGCUGAGAGGAAGAAAAUGGACCCUCUGGGAAGGAGGAGUGAGAGGAGUAGGCUUUGUUGCAAGUCCAUUACUGAAACAGAAAGGUGUAGAAAGUCAUGAACUCAUCCAUAUCUCUGACUGGCUGCCAACACUGGUGCAUCUUGCUGGAGGACAUACCAAUGGCACUAAGCCCUUGGAUGGCUUUGAUGUUUGGAAAACUAUCAGUGAAGGAAGACCUUCCCCCAGAGUGGAACUGCUGCAUAACAUAGACCCCAUGUUUGUGGAUGACUCCCCAUGUCUUGGCAUUGACAACAGGACGUCUUUACCACAGAGCAAUUCUUUUCAGUGGAAUUAUACACUUUUCAAUAUAUCCAUGCAUGCAGCAAUCCGACAUGGAAAAUGGAAGUUGCUAACUGGAUAUCCAGGGUGCGGUCAUUGGUUCCCUCCACCGUCUUUAUUCAAUGAAUCAAAGAUUGAAUCAUCUGAUCCACCAACAAAGAGACUUUGGCUGUUUGAUAUUGUUCAUGAUCCUGAAGAGAAAAAUGAUUUGUCUGAAAAAUAUCCUCAUGUGGUAGAAAAACUGCUUUCGCGGCUUCAGUUUUAUUAUAAAAGUUCAGUGCCUGUGUUCUACCCUGAUGAUGAUCCCCACUGUGAUCCAGCAGAAACUGGGGCUUGGGGUCCUUGGGCAUAACACAUAGCACUACAUCCUGCAAAAUAUUCCUAUAGCAGAGUCUGGUUUAUGGACUCAGGGUCUUAGUCACCUAUUUCUUACCUUGUUUAUUAAAAUGUUGUUAAUUGUGAGCUCGUUCCUUGAGUAAUUUGGUAUUUCUUACUCCUAAAAUAUGUUUGGAAUCUUAUUUCAGUCAUUUCCCACUCUGUCCUUCUCAACUCUUUUAUGUGAGAUGUUCAUAAUGUUAUAAAUCUGUUGGCUGAAUAUUCUUUGUCCAGAAUAUGUUUUUAAUGCAGAAGGUAAAACACUGCCUCCCUCCUUGGAAGAAAUUACUUUUCUUAAAAAGCUGCAAUGAAUCAUGGCAGCAGGAAUAUCCAGAAUGCAUCCAUCUUGUUAAAUAAGCUGAUUUUUGGUUUUGUAUUUGUCCAGAAGACAAAUUCUAUUGGAAGCUGUUACAUAUCUUUAAAGAAUAGAAAUAAAAAAUACAACAGUUGACAUAAAGGCAAAAAUCAUUAACAUGCAUCUCCAUCCAGAAAAGAGAGAAAUAUCCCAGCAUAAGAAAAAAUGAACCAAACAAAACCUCACACAAUACAGCAAAAUCCCUAAUCCUUAUUCACUGUUGAUGGAGUACAGUGUUCAACUGGAGUGCAGGGCUGUCAGGCAGAGGGGUCUUGAAGGCUGAAGAAAUGGGUGAACAAAGACUUAAUGAAGUUCAACAAAGGCAGAGUCCUGCACUUGGUGUGGAAUAGCCCCAUGCAGCAGUACACACUGUGUUAUGCCUGGACAAAAAACAUUUUUGUAAGGAAAAUCUAGGCAUCCUGCUGGAAAAUAAAUAGAGAGAAACUUGCUAUGUGCUCUCCUGGUGAAGAAGACCAACCACAUGUUGGUCCAUAAAAUAAAGAAUGUAGCCAGCUCGUUAGGGGAAGUGUUUACUCCCUCCUGUUCAGCACCGGAGCAUGGGAUCACAUUUUGGGCUUCCCUGUACAAGAAAAGUAUUGACAAAUCAGAGUGAGUACAGUGGAGUGCCAUGAAGAUGAACAGAAGGAAGAGAGAAAAUGGGCGGGGGGGGGGAGGCUACAAAAAUGGUUUAGGUUUUGCUGGAGAAGAGGAGAUAAAAGGGAAAUUGCUAUCUUCACCUACCUGAUGUGAGGGCAUAGAGAAGAUGAAGCCAGACUCUUCUCAGAGGUGCACAAAGAUGAGAAGCUUACCAGGAGCACAUGGAGUUCCAGUUCAAUAGAAGAAAAGGAGGAAAAAACAAAAUCACAAUGAGGUUAGUCAAAUACGGGAACUGCAAGGCUAAGGCAACCCUAUCCUUGGAGGUGUUUACUCCUUGGUUGGAGAAGACCCUAUGUAAUGUAAUUCCAAAGUUGGAUCUAACUUGAAGUUGGCCCUGCUUUGGUGGUGGUGGUGAGGAAUGACCAGGUGACCUCCAAAAGGCCUUUUCUGCUUGAAUUAUUCAAUUCUAUGAUGAACAAAACUUUACUUUUAUUGUUUGCCUCUGUGGUAAGUACUCUUUCUUCUCAUAUUUUGUUUCUUUAUAACUGUAGUAGAGACUGUUUUCAUUCUGAAAUGGGCUCUGGGCCAUGAAGAAAUCAGGCCAAGCAACAUCUCUUCAUUACUCAUCAAACUGAUGUAAGAUCGACCCACCAGCUCUCUUAAUGUCUCAAACAUCUGGAGUCUGGCCAGAGUUCUGGUACUCCUUCUCAGUGUCCUUAGCCAAGUUCUCAGGCUGCGGAGCUUUAGCUGUCAUCAUCUCCAGAAAGCAGGGAUCUAACUGCCUAUUUUCUGGCUCCAGGACCAACUGCUAUAAAUUUCACUAAUAUUUUGCACACCUUUUCUCAGUUUUCUCUUAUGAGAUUUGUGCUAAUUAUUAGCAAACAGAUUAAUGAAGAGACAGACUUGAUGAAUUUGUGCAUUUUUUUAACAGAAGGAUAAAGCAUGGAAAAGAUGCUUAAGAAAAGUGAAAACACAUAUAAAAAUGAACAGAUAUUCCUGCUUUCUGUUAUAGCUUAUUUUUCGUUACACUUUUAAAUCUAGUUUGCUGUUUCUACCUUAGCUGUUUUCCUACAAGCAGAAAUGAAGUCAAAGCUCUCCAGAAGCUUGUUCAGCUUUUUGUCUUUUUCUUUCCAAAGACCCUCAUGUUUCUCUCCUUGGUCACUUCUGCUCCCUUACUUCCCUUGAAGACAGGGAAAGAAGAAAAAUAGCUUGAGAGGAAAUAAUUUCCUUAUAGGAGGAAAAUUUAUAUUCCGCAUGGUUUGGUUGGAUAAGUUUUGGAACCCUGUUUCAGAACGAGGUUCAAUAUCCUUCUCCAUUCAUCCGUCAGUGGCUGAAAGCAGAUGUUUGCAGCAGGGUAUGACCAGGGCAAGCAUAUGUCAUUAAGCUCUUGAGGUUUUCUCUCACCUUCUAAGCUAUCAGUCAGAGCCUCAGAGAUUUAACUUCCAGGUAUUUAGUUGCCUUCAGUGAUAUUUUAUCUCUUCCAUGAGGUUGCACAGCUUUUCCAUUGGGGUCCUUGGGCACAUUGUGUAGCCUUACAAUACCUUGUAAAUUGUUGGUAAUCACACAAUUGCACAUUUCCACAGCUCAGCUAGACACGAUGUGAAGAAUCAUCUGUUUGUUUAUGACCUGCUUCCAGGUAAUUUGUGUUUUCAUGGGUAAAAUACAUAUGCUGUGACUGAAGCUCUUGCCAUACUAUAUUUAGCAACUUUCAUAUUAACCAAUAUCUUUAAAAUAUCAAGAAAGAAUUUAUGUCCUGUAAAGGUUGUCUCCAAACUGAUACCUGAUUAUGUCUCCUUACGUUUUAUGAAACAUAUUUAAGCUUUACUUUCUAUCACGUGUGACUGUUCUCUCAGCUCCUGCUCAGAUUUCAGCUGACACAUAGUUCGUGCAAAGCCCUGAUAUGAGCUGGGAGCAGUGCCCUUAAGUCAAAGUGAGAGCAACACGCAGGCAGCCCACAGGAAGGUCUACAGGUCAUUACACAGACAUUAUCACCUGCAGCUUGCUGUCUCCUGUAGACAUAAUCCUUGUUAUUGAUUGUCUGGCAGUUCCUUCAGAAUCCACUAACUUAUGGAAAUGUUAUAGACCAAACUUCCAAGCUGGAAAGUAUAAGUGACAUCAGCUUAUCCAAAGGGCUUUUGAAACUUAUCCAACAGCAGCCAGACUGCUGAGGCUUUGGUGCUUUCUGGUGUGAUACGGGGGAGGCCUGCACGGUGACAGAAAAGGAGGAUGAGCAUCAUUGACUACGUAAGUCUUUUGCUUAUAGUUGUAUGAGUUACAAGUCAUGAAUUAGACAGCUUGUGAGUUAGAAACCUUGUGAAUUAAACAAUGGGUUAGUGAAUUCACGUUAGACUAUUCUGUACAAAGGGAACUGAGCCCUUGUUUGAUGUGUGUGUUUGUUUUCUUUCGUAAUGAGCUCAUAAAAUAAUUUAGACUAUGUUGUCCUGUAAUUUGAAUGGACUGUGACAAUCUUGGCUUCACAGCAUGGUGGUGCUUCGCUUUCAAGUUUUUGAUGACUCUUUAUGAUAACUCAGGCUCAGGCUCUGUUAUUUGCUGCCCACAGGAAGAGAUGGAAAAUGUGAGCAACAGAACCUUUUUAUAAAAAGCUUUUGCAUCACCUUGACAAAGCUUGUACCUUCUUUUGAUGGCUGUGGAAAAGCCUUUAUUGUAGUUCUCCUUCCUAACCAUUGCAGUUUGCUUAUUUUAUAGCAUCAUAAUGAUUUAUGCUAGUUUAUAACUUCUCCGUUUAAUACUGCAACUUUAAGUUUCAUAUCCUUAUUUUCUGUACCAUAUAGUUUAUAACAGGGCUUGGAAUAUGGGAUUCUGAAAGAGUAAGUUGUCAAAUCACCUUAAGCAACUUUCAGUUACUGUUUCUGUGUGUCUUGCAUUAAUAAUACAGUUUGUUCUUCAAAUGCGUUUUUGAAAUAAAUCGUCCAAAUAUUAGACGAUCCACCAGUUUAGUACGCUAUUACUCAUUUGUUCAGAAUGCGUUCGUUAAUUUAUUCUUGCAAUCAAGAUGCAGAUGGAGAAGUUGACAGCCACCCCCCCAGUAUAUGAAGCAAGUAGAUCCAUUGAAUUUACAUCAUUCUAACUCUUGAAAGAGUUGGCUGUUUUUUUCAUUGUGCAUAUUUCUUUAGUGCUCUGUCUCACCAAGCAGACAUGUGAGACUAGAAAGCUAACUGUUCUCGGUCAAUACCCAUAUACAACAUUUUAGUUUAUAGUAGUAGUUACAGGAUGUGGUUGCCACAAUAACAAGGGACUGGACUCGGGUGUGGGGGGAAUUUCUG